CCCAGCACCCAAAGCUCCAUGGCAAAACCCAAUUCUUAAAAAUUUCUCCGUUUCUCUCUCCCCCUUUACAAAUUAAUCAGCCAGAAAUUUAUAUUAAAAAUAAAAAUGAGGCCUAAAUCCCACCCAACCCUCAACCUCAAGUUCCUCCUCCUUGGGGUCUUUAUUGCUUUCUUCCUCCUCUUUAUGCUAAGAUCAGGUUUUCCAACUUCCAUGCAAAGUGAAUCUUCUGUUUCACAAAAUUUCAUACCCAAUGCAAAAGCAACAACAAAUUGUCCAACUUGCAGCAAGAUCCCACCCACACUAGCCCAAGCACUCAUCCAUUACUCAACCUCAACCAUCACUCCACAACAAACACUCAAAGAGAUCUCAGUGUCAGCAAGAGUUUUAGAAAAGAAAUCACCCUGCAACUUCCUAGUCUUCGGCCUAGGCCACGACAGCCUUAUGUGGAAUGCGCUCAACUACGGCGGACGCACAAUUUUCCUCGAAGAAGACGAGGCGUGGAUACAGCAAAUCCGACGCCGGUUUCCGAUGCUGGAGUCGUAUCAUGUCACGUACGAUAGCAAGGUGAACCAGGCCAAUCAACUCAUGGAGGUUGGCAGGGGACCUGAGUGCACAGCACUUGGUGAUCCUAGAUACUCUAUGUGCCAACUUGCCUUGAAAGGCUUGCCUGGUGAAGUCUAUGAAACACAAUGGGAUCUGAUUAUGGUUGAUGCGCCGACCGGUUACUACGAUGAGGCACCGGGAAGGAUGACUGCUAUAUAUACAGCAGGGAUGAUGGCAAGGAAUAGGGGGGAUGGAGAAACUGAUGUGUUUGUUCAUGAUGUGAAUAGGGAGGUGGAGGAUAGGUUCUCCAAGGCAUUUCUCUGUGAAAGCUAUAUGAAGAAACAAGUAGGCAGGUUAAGGCACUUCACUAUCCCUAGCCACAGAGAUGGCUCAGACAGGCCUUUCUGCCCAGAAUAAUUCCUCCCCUUGUAUUGCUUACCUAUGCCAUUUCUUUUCCUUUUUGGGGACAUUUGAGUAACCUUUUUGGCGGAAUAUGUUUCAAGGGCAAAAGGGAAAAAAAAGAUCAAGUUCUGAAAGAAUCUCUUAGAGCCACUUCUAUCUUCUCUCCUUUUAUUUUUUUGGGGUUCUUAUGUCAAAUUUCAUUGGAUUAAAAUCUAUAGCUAAAAUAAGAGCAGAUG